AUGAUCUCCGGACCAAGAACAUGGCUCAAGAGCAACAUCAAUUCUACUACUAUUCCCUACGAGACCCUCCGCUCCCCCACGGAGGCCCGUCUUCCCCUCGACUUCACCCCAAUGGCCCACAUUGUCAGUUGCAUGUUGGACCUUGACCAGGAUGACCUUUCGCCCACCUUAAACUAUAUAGCAAAGGUCGCCGCUGAGCAAGAAGAAGCCUUUUGCAAUGAGUCGCUAGGCAGAGCAUCCCCGGCUGGAGAGAAGCCUUUCUCCUGGAGGAUGCAGCAGCAGCAGCAACAACAGCAACAGACAGAGAGAAAAUACCAGCUCUUCCCCGUUAACAAGCCGACCAACGUUGCUCCGGGGAAGGCCUUGGACCCUGAGCAAGCGUUCGCUUUGGCCAUGGGUCAGAACGGUGACGGCACAACUACUGCUUCAGGCCUCAGGAUACGAAUCAAAGAGAACAGCCUUGUACGUCGGCGAAAAAUCAGCGUCCCCGAGCUCGGUCCGAUGACAACGGUUCAUGAAAUUGCCAUGGAUUCUCCUACUAUCCCUGGUCAUCACCCUAUCCACGAGCGGUCUGUCAGCGCUCCUGGAAACUCAUGGAGGGCAUUUCAUGCUACGAACGGCCAAACGUGUGGUAGUGUUCUAGCCUCGGAUGAAAAGCCCGAGCUCAAGCCAGCUUCAUGGAGUCAAGAAGAGUCGCAAAAGCCGCCAAAUGAAGGUCGGCGACCAAUGUCGCCCAAGAAUCUGACUCCGCUCGUGAUACCAAACAACACUUCAACCGUUCUUUGCUUGACAAGGCAGAUGUCGCUUAAUCGACUCAGAUCUGGAAACACCUCUAUUGACACUCCACUCCGUUCGGCCAAGACCGACGAUUCCCCUCGGGCAAGGACACCGUUCACACCCUUUUCUGCGACUAUUACACCGAAGUCAGCUGCGACCACAACUAUCUCUACAAGCACUACCAAUUCAACUUUGCCGACCCCUAUGUCUGCUCCAGUUGAGGCCAGAGCAUCACCAAAGCCUUGGGACCCGCCUACAAACUGUGGCAUUGGGGGCACACAGAAAACCGAAACUAUCCCAGAGUUGCCUGCUACGACAACCAGCAUGGAGACAAAUGACAAUACGACAGCUUGUCCUGGGCAUAGAAGGAUUCAGUCAGAGUCGGCGAGCAUUAUGGAAAGGGGGCGACCGCGGAAACGGGCCGAAACCGUUGGCUGCGCCUCGAUGAAGCGGUCUGGCUCGAAGAGGAGCAAAAGCUCUGAGAGGCGAGCCUUUGAAGUGCUUCCGAAGGGCUGGAAGGCAGUCGAUGCAGUGAAUACGCUGAGCCCCCAGGAAAUUUCCGUUCUGCAAAAACAGGCUCUUCAGCAGGCAGGGCGGUUUGAGGUUCUCAGGAAGGAGGACGUUGACAACCUGUCCAGAGAACUCCGUCAACUGGAUGAGCGUUGUGAAUACCUACGUCGCACGUAUACAUCACUUCGUGCUGGCAGACGCAACUUGCACACGCGCAUUUGCCAGUAUCUCCGGUCUCCACGCACUGCGAAGUUCAGCGUCGAGUCCAUUCUGAAACAAGAGGAAGCCCUGGCUGAGUUGGAUAGUUCCAUUGACGACUGGAUUACCAAGCUUGAGCAGGCUGAGAACCGUCGUACCCGUGUGCGUCAAAAGCUUCUGGAACACGUUGCUGCUGCUGUCACGCUCGCUGUACCUAACGGCAAUGGCGUUGUCAACCUCAGUGAGACCUUGCAGCUUGCCAUCGGUGUCCGCCCACUCAAUGCGGCCAACAACAUCUCGGUGACCCCGCCACGCAGCCCGGUCAAGACAACUUUCAGUCAGCCUACCCCUUCGCCUUCACCGCCACCUCAGCGGGCUGCUGGCGGAGCCCACGUUCCGUCCACUAUCAUUGAGCAGCCCCUGUUUGAAGACCCUGAUAUCAUCGAGGGCGACGGGAACAAAGUCGAUGAGCAUGAAGGUGAUGAUGGAGAAAAGAAGCCACGUCUGCGCCGUGCAGAGACCAUCCGUGUAUACGCUGAUACAGAUGUUUACGCACUGCUGGCAGAUGUCGAGCACACCAUCACCAAUAUGGGCAACAACAACAACAACAACAACAUUAGUGAUGCUAGACCAGAAUCUCCCUCGGCAUCGGCAGCGAUCAAGUCGAAGGUUGAACAGCCACAACUGCCAUGCCUGCAACAAUUGCAACAACAGCACCAACAGCAGCAGCAGCAGCAGCGACCACCCUACCCCCCACCACAAAACCCCCUGCCGCGUCCGCCAUCUCGGAAUCGAAGUUGCGACAUGGUGACGGGCUCAUCCGCUAGGAAGCCACUGCCGAUUUCGAAGCUUGAGGAGAGGCCCUCGUUCGCGUCGCUCAAAUGUGGCACUCCUCCCCCGCUUCAUCAACAGCCUGCUCCCCCGCCCCCUCCCGCAAAGGAUAAAAGGCUGCCGGAGGAAGAGGAGCCAAUCUACCUACCGGCUACCGUGUUUAAACCGGACCGGUAA